AUGAACUGCCCCUCAAGAACCGACGACACUCUCGAGAACCCGAGCUGGAACCAAAACCCACCUCCCUUCAGCCCGGACAUCACCACCCGCAAUGACUUCAAUGGCUUGACCAACGCGCGAGUGCACCGGAAGCAUGCGACGGGCCCCGGAACGGUCUCAGGGGAUGAUACCAUGGCAAUAGACUCGCAGCCGCAGAGUUUGAACAACCAGGAUCCAGUAACGGAAAAGCACCCGAAGGGCGAAGUGAUCGCAGCGACCUCAGGGUGCCCAGCACCCUCGAGGACCUGCGGUUCACCUCGCCGUUUCUUCUCCGAUUCUUCAUUUGUGACCUCUGCGCAGCACUGCGCUCGCAGCCUGGUCAAGUUCGGCCGUUUCGUGGGGCCUGGGUUUUUGAUCGCCGUCGCCUACAUCGACCCCGGAAAUUACGCCACGGACGUUGCCGCCGGUGCACAGUUCAAGUUUGCCUUGCUGUUCAUCGUGCUGCUGUCGAACCUGUUUGCGGUUCUCCUCCAAUCUCUCUGCAUCAAGCUCGGCUCGGUGACAGGACUCAACUUGGCGGAGAACUGCCGCGCGCAUCUGCCCAAAUGGCUGGUUGUCAUCCUCUAUUUGAUGGCCGAGGGGGCGAUCAUUGCCACCGAUAUUGCCGAGGUGGUCGGAUCCGCCAUUGCCUUGAAUCUGCUCCUGCACAUCCCCCUCGUAGCAGGCUGCGCAAUCACCCUUGUAGAUGUCUUUUUUCUACUGCUUUUUUGGCGACCUGAUGGGUCGAUGUUGGGCUUGCGUCUCUUUGAGUUCUUCGUCAUGGCUCUGGUCCUGGGAGUUGUCGUAUGUUUCUGCAUUCAACUGUCUUUGAUCAAGAACCAGUCCGUGGGGGAGGUCUUCAGAGGCUAUCUUCCAUCACCAGCGAUCGUGCAAUCAGAUGGACUGUACCAGAGUUGUGGUAUCCUCGGCGCCACUGUGAUGCCUCACUCUCUUUUUCUGGGCAGUGGGGUAGUCCAGUCUCGUUUGAAAGAGUUUGAUGUCACGGCCGGUUACGUUCAGUCAACUGUACCGCUUGGGAGCAAUAAUGGUCAGGUGGAAUAUCGGCCGACCAUCCAUGCGAUUCGCGGUUGCAUGAAGUAUUCUAUCAUCGAAUUGGCGCUGUGCCUGUUUACUUUCGCUCUGUUUGUUAACAGCGCCAUUCUCAUCGUUGCGGGUGCCUCUCUUUACGAUGUUCCCGGUAGCACCAGUGCCGAUCUGUUUGGCAUCUACGACCUGCUCUCCUCCUCGAUCUCUAAGGCAGCCGGGCUCGUCUUCGCGUUAGCGCUCCUUCUCUCGGGCAUUUCGGCCGGCAUUGUUUGCACAAUGGCAGGUCAGAUGGUGAGCGAGGGUAUGCUGAACUGGUCCAUCCCCCCCUGGAUGCGGAGACUCAUCACCCGCAGUAUCAGUAUCAUCCCCAGCAUCAUCAUCGCCGCGGCAGUGGGCAAGGAGGGCCUCCACAAGACCUUGACGGGCGAGUCAAGUCUGCCUCAGUGUCAUCCUGCCUUUUGUCUCCGCUCCGCUUAUCUGGUUCACCUGUUUCAGUAA